AUGUCUAAACUCGCCGCCUUGAGGCUCAAGCGUCUCCAGUACCAACAAGAGAUAUAUGAAUAUUGUAAGCAACAGGCGGAGAUCCAAAACAGUCAAAGUGAUGUAGCCCAGUUACUCAGGCAAGAUAGUGGCCGAUACAACAAUGGUGCUAGAGAGGCGGAACGUGAUCGUUUGAAGUUGGCGAAGAAGUAUGAUGACCUCGAGCGCCUGAUUAUAAAGAUUGAGGGUAGGAUACAGGAGAUAGGCGAUGAGAUUGAUUGCCUGUCGUAUUGGUCGGAGGGCUUUGCUUAG